GACAGUUCUUAAGAAUGAGACGCAAGGAAAAAAAAAAAAAGAGAAAGUAUCUAGAAAGUAGGACCGAAACAUGCUUAGAUAUGGGCAGAGAUCAGAAAGCUUCCUGACUUUAAGACGCCACUGAGUAGGACGUGCUUUGAUUUGCAGAAAAAAAAAAUAGGGAAGAAAAGACAAAGAAACCAAGUUCAAGUUUUUGCAUGCGGUUUCCAUUUAGAGUUAGAACAGAGAAUAAGAAGUGCAUCUUUUUGAAUUGUUAGAAUCUUAGGGGAAAGGGGGAACAGAAUCCUGAAUUUGGAAUGCGUCCGAGUAGCUGAAAUGGUAAAGAUGUUUCCAGAAGCAGGUAGGCACUUCUUGACUUCAAAAAACAUUGCUUCAUGAAAUAUUAGUGCUUCGCCUCGGCUGCUACCCUAAGAAGCUCCGGUGGAGAGAGGAGCUGGCAAGCACAGAUAGAGCCGGCUGCUGCGCGGGCGCAAGCUCGCCGCUCUCCUGCGGCGCCGGUGGAGGGAGCUUGCGGUGACCUCGAGGGGGGAGGCCAAGAGGCCGCGAUAAACAGAACAAGAUAAAAGCCCUGAACCAAGACACCCACGGGGAGAGGAGUGAGAGCGCACAGCACUCACAGCUCAAGAAAAAGAAGACACGACUGAUAAUAUCUGAGAGGAAGGAAACAGUGCUUCAUGCUGGGCCUCUGCAUGUAACAUUAUAAAAAUUAAUUUUUUUAUAGACCAGCCUUUCAAACGAUUUCCAGAGAUGGAUUAUUUUGCUUUCCUUUUGGCUAUUCUUCAUGUAUGCAAAGCUCUCUGUGAAGAGAUAUUUUGGGACACGGCUGUUAAACUUGCUGAGAAUAUGACUCUGGAAUGCGUGUACCCUUCCACGGACAUCCUAACGCAGAUGGAGUGGUUCAAGAUCAACUCAAUGGAGAGAGAGGCCAUAGCCAUUUUCAGCCCCACUCACGGUGUGAUCAUCAGGGAGCCUUACGCCGACAGGGUCUCCUUUCUGAACUCCACGAUGGCUCCCAACGAUAUGACCCUUUCUUUUCACAACACCUCCGAAGCUGAUGUUGGCUACUAUUCCUGCUUCCUUCACACUUUCCCGCAGGGAACUUGGGAGAAGGUGAUCCAGGUGGUUCAGCCAGGUAGUUUUGAGAUGGCUGUGCCAUCAAAUAGCCACGUCGUCUCAGAACCUGGGACAAAUGUCACACUCCUCUGUCAGCUUCCAACGAAGUGGCCAGUGCAACAAGUUACGUGGGAAAAGAUCCAGCCCCACCAGAUCGACCUCUUAACUUGCUGCAAUUUGUUCGAAGGCAGAAAUUACACCUCAAAAUACCAAAGGCAGAUACUGACCACCUGCACCCAGGGAAGCAGGGGGACUUUCAUCGUCAUUCCCAGCGUCACCGCCUCUGACUCAGGACUUUACCGCUGCUGCUUCCAGGCCCGCACGGGAGAGAACGAGACCUUCGUCGUGAGGUUGACGGUGACUGAAGGUAAAACCAAUAACCAAUAUAUCCUCUUCAUGGCUGGAGGGACAGUUUUAUUGUUGCUGUUUGUUAUCCUAAUUACCACCGGCACUGUCAUUUCCUAUAACAGCCUUUCCCCGAACAGAAAUUAGCAAGUUGAGAUAAGGAACCCAUGUGUAAGUGGCACCCAGGACUUCUCUACCGCUUCACCUUGGUGACAGAAAACGCACCCAGGGCAGAGGUGGCAGUGUGAGCGCACGGGAACCCGGCAACAUGACUCAGAGCAAGCGACGGAACUGAUCUCCGGAGGGUCACAGAUGUUGGACAUGAUGGAUUUUGCUUCAUGAAAAUGUAUCACUUUUACAUGAAUAGCUAAAUUGAACUGUAGAAUAUAUUGUCCCACUUGGUUAAAUGUGAUAAAAGAAGCUUAGUGGACUUGAAUUCAUAAUCAUGGAAGAGCACCACAAAGGAAAAAGCCCUGUUCUCUUUCUACCUUGUCGCUUGUGUAAGUAUGUGGGUGUUAUUUCAAAUAGAAAUGCUUUGAAAAACGACCUGAGGGCUUCAACAACGACCUCCUGAACUCUGUUUUACCUACUGUUUAAAGUAAUCCUGCCGCUUCAGAUGAACUGACUUGGAUAGAAGCCAACACAAAUCAGGCGGUGUGUCUGAACGAAACCGAAUUCUUACUCCACACUCAGCGUCUAGCAGCCCGUGUGUCCAGGGGGAUUGCAAGCAGUUUCUCUGCUCCUGGUUUGUGUGGUUUUCAUGUAGAGAUAAGAACAGUAACAUUAGUAAGUGAAUAUGGCUGGGUAGUGGGGUAGCACUGGUAAGUGUGAAAGACCCCAAAUAUUAGGGAUAUAUUUUAUUGAUUGACAUCUGUGUAUGGAGGAAGAAAUUUAACAUCUAGUGACAAAAGUGUUAGAUACUUAUUUUUACAUUUGUCAUUGAUAUUGACGUUCCCAAUAAAUAGAGGACUUUCCAGGUUUCAGCAUUGAAAAUCCCUGAUCCUGGGAAACUCCUUAGUCCCAGGCAAACCAGAAUAGCUGGUCAACCUAGAACAAACUGUGAUAUGUUUACGAUUUGUAUCUUACAGAUGAAAGGGCUGAACUGAACUUUAGUGAUGUAAAUAACUCAGCUAGUACCUUUCAGAGCAAAAAUUAAACACAGAUCAUCUGACUCUAAGCCCCGUGUUCUCUUUUCUUCAUCAUACUGUAUACUCUAGGCUUAUUUAAGUGUGUGUGUGUAUGUUUGGACCCAUUUGGGAAAACGUUAAUUAUGAGAUAGCAAACCUUGUGAAGCACAAUUUAAUAAAAGGUCAAAGGUCAUAGAUCUCUGUCCUAAUUUCCUCAUCUGUAAAAAGAGGGUAAUAAUAUCAUCUAUAUCAUAGAUUUGUUUUGAAGAAUAAACAACUUACAUAAAACACCUAGAAAUAUGCCUUGCACAUAGUAAAUUUACAUGUAGAAUAAGUAAAUAAGUUAAGGAAUAAUUGGUUUAAAUAAUAAUAAAUAAAGCAAAUAAAUGCACAUAAAAUAAGGUAAUACGUUGAUAUGGUAGGAGGAUUUCAAAGUGAUUAGAAGAGACCUCUAAGGUCAAUAUCCCCCACCUGAAUCCUCUGUCCUUGAACAGAGGAAUGAUUCCUCUUGACCUUAUCUUAGCAACAACAACAAAAAAAAAACCCUACAUUUUUGCAUCUAACCCAUCUCCUCUGUUGCUCAUAAGAAUCUUUUCUUUAGGGAGAUAAAAAAGAGUCACCAUCUCCCCGCGAUAACUGUUUUCAUAUACUUGGAUAUAUUUAUUUUAUCUACUGCAUUCAAUUACAGCAGCCACUUUUCUUCUUCUAUUAUACUUUCUAAGAGUUCUCCUGGAGUCAGGAGUUUAUGGGCUUUGUUGGAACCGUGGGGAGUUGAUUGAACAGCACGGCUCCAGAGAGUCCCUUUAGCCACAAGGAAGCGACUCCAGGAGUAGUGGAGUCUAACAGUCAAGAGGGAGGGCUGAGGAUUUAAAUCCCGAUGCUACCAUUAACCGUGUGAUUUCGAGCAAGUUAUUCUUCCUCUUUACACCUCAGUUUCCCACUCUGUUAGAUAUAGGGUUUGAUGAAAUCUAAAUAAAAUAAUCCAUACAGGUGAUUUAGAAUAACGCCUGGAAGAUUUUAUAAAGCUUCAUUAUAUUAUUGUCGUCAUCCAACAAGUUACACUGUUGGCAUUUAUAAGAAGUUUUAAUUGUGGACAAUUUCUGAGUCCAAGGUCAUUUGGAGAAGGCUGUAAACCAUGCAUGCAAUAACCUGCUAUAAACCAUUGUCCAGUCAAAUCACUGAGAGGCAUUACUAAUGCACACUGGUUGGAUGCUCAUUUUGUUGUCCCCACCAUCAAUGAGCACACUGGAGAAAGUAGGGAAAAUGAAAAAAGUCAGGUCAGUAGAAUUUUGGAUAAGUGUGCAGAAAGCAGUGGUGGAUAGCUGCUUCAACACAAUUAGUACAUGCGUGUGGGCCAGGGGUAGGCUGAGCUUUAGGGUGUUUGAAAUAAUACUAGUGCUGGAGUAGCAUAUCUUCAUAUCCUCUAUU